UCUCUGUGGAAGCACAUUGUUCAACGCGGGCUCGUUUUACCCAGAACCAAUGAAUGCCUCGGUGCAUUGUAGCGACUGAAAACGGAACACUUUAUCGGAUAUAAUAAGGUGUAGAUAUCCGAAGACGGCGGGAAGCGGACCAAGAACAUUGUGUGUCCUUCUAGCGGAGAGGCAACAGAGUUGAAAGAUUUCUUCUUCUUCUCCCGGUAGACGAAACGUCGCUCUUGUACCUAAUUAGAGCUUUGCUUGUUCAGUGGCGUUAGUGUGGUGAGCAGCAGCGGCAAGGAUGACGGAGUAUAAGCUGGUGGUGGUGGGAGCUGGAGGCGUGGGCAAGAGUGCACUCACCAUCCAGCUCAUCCAGAACCACUUUGUGGAUGAAUAUGACCCCACCAUAGAGGACUCGUACAGGAAACAGGUUGUGAUUGACGGGGAGACCUGCCUGCUGGACAUCCUGGACACUGCAGGUCAGGAGGAGUACAGCGCCAUGAGGGAUCAGUACAUGAGGACAGGGGAGGGCUUCCUCUGUGUCUUCGCCAUCAACAACACCAAGUCCUUUGAGGACAUUCACCAGUACAGAGAACAGAUCAAACGUGUAAAGGACUCGGAUGAUGUCCCGAUGGUGCUUGUGGGAAACAAAUGUGACCUCCCGGCACGCACUGUGGACACAAGGCAAGCCCAAGAACUCGCCCGCUCUUACGGCAUCCCUUACAUCGAGACCUCUGCCAAAACACGACAGGGAGUAGAGGAUGCCUUCUACACACUGGUCAGAGAGAUCAGACAGCAUAAGCUGAGGAAGCUGAACCCACCUGACGAGAGCGGUCAGGACUGUAUGAGCUGUCGCUGUGUGGUGUCGUGAUGCAGCUGACUGUUGCAUGUCGAGGAGAAAUGCUACGGCGCGUAGUGGCAGCAUGGACUUAAAGAUAGAAAACAACAAUGAUGAAAUAUAAACUUUUUUCAAAAAAGAGGAGGACUGAAGCAAAAGCUCUCAAGGAAACCACCAGAGCGGACUGAACCAUAGACCCUCAUGGAAAGGGGGAUUUGGACUGUUGCCUAUGUGGCUAUAUGAACUAGUCCGGCCCGGCCCCUUUUUUUUUUUGGUCCACAUGUCGACCUGUGAGCAACACCACUAAUGACUCAUUGUCAACUCCAGUGUGCUCCUGCUGGAUGGCUCAACAAGUUUCCUGCUAACUUAUUGUUUUCAGUCUCAACACUGGUCUUAAAGGGGGUGUCUCUGACCUCCUCCCACCUUGAAAGCCUAAUUCCACUCCCCCUGCCUGCCCACUGGAAGAACUGACUGACUUAAAUGUAAAGGACUGGAACAUGAAUCCCCCCCGCCCCGACCCCCUCACAUCGCCCUCUACCUGCCUUUGGUUUCCCUUGAAUGGCUGUGUAGAGUAGACCCUUCAUUAUACUGGAUACAGGGGGUGGAGGCUGACAUGGAAAUGACAAUAAUUUGUUGUUUAACUGUUAGCCUAGCUGUACAAAAUCUUUGAUUUGUUUUUUGAUAUGGAACAUUUUGUUUGUGAUUGCAGAAUUUGAAAGUCACAGAGCAAUAUGUGAGUGAGGGCGUUCAUUACAGAUGACACCUGGCUUGACAUUUUUCAUGACCUGCCUGACGUAGUAAUUUGUCGAUAUAACGAUCGGUCCAUUUCCAGAAUGCAGUUGCGUUCUCUCCUUUCAAAUGUUUUGUUUGCCACAGUCAGAGUUGUCUUUGUGUAAUAAUAAUAGUAAUGGCUAAUGUACGUAGAUUCUGGAUUAUCUACUGUUCAAUUGACACAAGGUUUUGAGAAUGAACCACCUCUCAUGCUACUUGUUUCCCGUUGGCUUGGGAAGGGGUUUAUGUCUGUAGGAAGGUUGCCUGUAGAACUCGGUCAUACAAAGACGGGUUAUGGUUUUAGACAAAAUGACAACCGCUUUUCAUUUCGGUAAGUAUGCUGUACAGCUCUUAUUUACCACAUGGUGAUAACCGCUGUUUUUAGAUAGCAAGAAUCACUCCUUGUGGAUAUAAGGCUCAGGAAUCAGGGUCCAGGAAAGUCUCAACAGUCAACAGUCCUGGAAGCCAGGGUUAGGAUGUCACCAAUUAGCUCUGCAGAGUGGAACGCACAAAGUCCGGCCUUUCCCUCUCACCGUGCGCUCUCCAAACUGCUUCUUUCUCUGACAUCUCAGUUUUGCAAUGGAACAGGAACAGGUCCGGUGCUACUCAUGUCGGAACCAUAUUUACUGUAUAUCUGGGACUAUAGUGUGUAAUAGGUGAUGGAUAUUGGGUUAUGGGAGUGCGUCGCUUUGUUAAAUUAAUACUGACUAGCUUGUGCUCUCCACAACUGCAUUAAUUUGCUGCCUGAAUGGAAAAAGACUGCUCUGGAUCUUUGCCUUAUCUUUUAGAUCGUUUGUACCUCAUGUAUGCAGCGAGCUCUGCCUGAGACGAAUAUGUGUUCUGCUGGCUGCAUUGUUUUGUUUGUUUGAUUAUGUGUGCAACUAAUUAAAAAAAUGUAUCGAAGUGUGCUGAGUUUAGGACAUGCGCUGUACAGAGUUUGAAAGACGAGGAGAGUCCCUGAAAACACUACACUGAUUUUAAAGAAGGGCUUUUCUGUCAUAGCAUGUGACUGUUUAGCAGGAAUGUAAAACAACAGUUGAAGAGCCCAGUAUAUACCCGGUUGUCUUGUCGUCAUGGUCUUAUGAAGUUUCCUUCUCAAUACAUUGGAACGUGUGAUGAUUACUAGAAAUUGAUACUUUGAGUGGAGGUUAUACUUGAACAAUUCAGAGAAUUGGCCAUGUGUGAUAAUGUAUAGAGUUCCAGACACUACAGGCAGGUUUUAGCAACAUGCUUCAAGUGCAAACCUCAGAGAAAAUCCCAGACUUCUUCCACGAAAGACGUGGCAUGUUAUUUUUGCCUUUUAACUCCUGUCAAAGGAAACAAAAUGUUUAUUUCUAACCUAAUUGAUUUUGUACAGUUUAAGGUUCACUCAUAACACAGCUUGAGGAAAUAUGAUCAGUCUGGUUAGUGUGGAUGGUUGUCGCGUUGUUUUUAUCAGUUGAGUGUUCAUUUCUCUACUUGGAGGAAGGAUAUGAACUGUGAAUGUGUUUUGAGUCUUUAGAUAUGUUUAUUAGACGCCUCGUGUUUAAAAUUUACAAUAUUGUAAUAAUGCAGGAGUGGAUCCUUGGUCCCACUUUUGGCUGUGUUGUUCCUAACUUUUAUUUUUUCACCCAUUGUGCUAAAAAAAAAAAAGGUGUGGCGUUUGUAACAUGUAAUUACAGUCCUGAUAGUAUGCUUGUCCUCUCCCUGUCAAUCUUUGAACAGUACAUCCAUGGUAAUACAUAGAAUUCCACAAAUCUUUGUAUUACAAUUCCUGUUUCAUUAACUAUCUGCAUCAUGUUGCCACAGGCAUACUCCAGCCAGCAAACAAUAAGUAUACAUGUCAGAAAACCUAGAGAGCAUGACAGACUGUACGGACCGCAGGGGCUUUUGCACAAGGACACAGUGGGCUCAAGGGCUUAUUUCUCCCUUGCAAACUGUGGAUGGAGGCGUGGAAGGAAUUUAUGAAAAUGACAACUGUUUAGCUAUUUAAGAUGUAUUUACUCUUCGAAAAUGUGGCAAAUGUAUUGCAGGACAGGAAUAAAGAUGUCAAGAUUAAAACAUGA